GGUCACCUGAUCCGCUGCAGUCAUGGACGAGGAGCCGGUGCCAGCAGCAGCGGUACUGUGGCCGCUUGAAGUGGCUGCGAGACGCCCGAUCCUUCUGAUUGCAUUCCUCAAAAACCUUGCGUCGACCAUCUACCUCGUUGUGUGCGUCCUUCUCAUGCUUCUCUCGACGCCGACCCAGAAGGUACGUGGGCAAAUGUACAAGAGCACGUCGUGGAGCCCGGCCGUGUACAUCGUCUACUGCUUACUUCACCUUGACCAAAUGCACUGA